CGAGAUGAGCGUGAUGUGCGUCGCAGCGACAGGGAUGACUACCGCAGCGACCGAGAUCGCGACCGCGACGACUACCGCAGCGGCAGCCGCUCCGACAGAGACCGCUACGCGUCAGACCGGGACCGCGAUCGCAGCAAGCGCUCGCGCGAGAGAGACGACGGCGCACGCGGGAGCCGCCGCGACAUCGACGACCAGCGCGACGCCAAGCGCAGGCGCGACGACGACAUCAACGAUCGCGGGUCGCGGGGCUCGUCGUCGGCCUACGCCGACGCGCAGCACGCGCGUGCGAUGGGCGUGACGUCGGCCGGCGCCGACGACGACGGAAUGGAGGUGGUGCAGCCGACCGAGGAGGAGCUCGAGGAGGCGCGGCGCGUGGAGGCCCUCCUCCAGAACUCGUCGGGCGCCCACCACCGCGAGGCCAAGAUCGCCGGCAUCCGCCCGACCGAGAAGUUGUCGGCGAGGCCGGAGCCGGUGUCGAUCGAGGAGUUGGCCAAGCAGCGCGCCCAGGAGAGCGCCAAGCCCAAGUUCCUCUCCAAAGAAGAGAGGCAGCGAUUGGCGUUGGAGAGGCGCGCGGCGCAGGUGAAGGAGAAGCAGGAGAAGACGGCCGAGAUCCGCGAAUCGCGCCAGCAGUUCUUCCACCAGGCCGACGACGCGCCGCCCGCCAAGCCCGACCUCAUGGACGACCGACGCGGCGGGGGCGCCGUGACCGCGAUCGUGACCGCGAGCGCG